AUGUACCGACAGUGGGCACUGGUGAACGUUUUCAUAAUGUUUUGCCUGCACCUGAUAAAGGGCUCCAGUUAUGAAUACAAACCAACCAAGCAGGCGUAUCGGUCAACCUUAGAGCGAUCGGAGCAGCAGAUCAGGGCGGCCUCGAGCCUGGAGGAGCUGCUGCGCAUCACACACUCGGAGGACUGGAAGCUGUGGAGGUGUCGCCUGAAGCUCAGGGACCUCGCCAGCGUGGACUCCCGCUCGGCCUCGCAUCGCUCCACCAGGUUUGCCGCAACCUUCUACGACACUGAGACGCUGAAAGUCAUCGACGAGGAGUGGCAGAGAACCCAGUGCAGCCCAAGGGAGACGUGCGUGGAGGUGGCCCGCGAGCUGGGCCAGACCACCGACACCUUCUUCAAGCCGCCCUGCGUGAACGUGUUCCGGUGCGGGGGCUGCUGCAAUGAGGAGAGCCUGGUGUGCGUGAACACGAGCACCUCUUACGUCUCCAAGCAGCUCUUCGAGAUAACAGUGCCUCUGACUUCAGUGCCUGAAUUGGUACCUGUCAAAGUGGCCAACCACACAGGCUGUAAGUGCUUCUCCACGGCACCCUCCCGCCAUCAACACUCCGUCAUCCGCAGGUCCACCCAGCUCUCAGAAGAAGAUCGAUGUCCUCAUUCCAAGAAACUCUGUCCUGUCGACAUGUUGUGGGACAGCAAUAAAUGUAAAUGUGUUUUACGGGACGAGAAUCCCCUUGAGGGAACAGAAGACCACUCUCACCUCCAGGAACUGGCACUCUGUGGGCCACACAGGAAGUUUGACGAAGAACGUUGCGAAUGUGUCUGUAAAGCGCCGUGUCCCCAAGAUCUCAUCCAGCACCCAGAAAACUGCAGCUGCUUUGAGUGCAGAGAAAGUCUGGAGAGCUGCUGCCUGAAGCAGAAGAUCUUUCACCCAGACACCUGCCGGGGAAUCUCCUUUCCAAUUUCCCCUUGA